AGGUUGGUUUUAGGGUCAAAUUGUUAGGAAAAUGGAAAAAAAUAUGAAUGAAAAUAAUAUUCAAGUUAACCUGCCUGUAGAAAUGAUCUUGAAAAUAUUUGGUUAUCUAAGUUAUGAUGAAGUGUCUAAAACACGCUUGAUAUGCAAACAAAUGAAUGAAGUUGCUUCUGAUUAUUUGAAUGCUGGAUUCAAAACUGCCCAAGAUCAAUUGACAAAAACUUUUAGAGAGAUAAAAGAUGGUUUACCACGACGCGAAUCAGAAAGAAGAAAACACCCUUUGUACCCCAAACAUGAUGCUUUGGUUGGUUUAGACACAAGAAUCUCUCUGUUAAGAAUGACAUACAACAAAUACAUUGCUGCUGGUCUAUGUUGUUUCAUUCCUGGCAAAGUGCUAGAUGAAAUAUUUUUUCUUCUGAAAAAAGUCAAAAUACUUCCUAAGUUACCUUCUACUUCAUUACUGCUACAGGAAGUGAGAGACAUAUCCUCAAUGGCUAUGGAGCAUUUUGAUGAAGCAAUCGUCCCAAGUUUUCAACCUGAUCUAGUAACUGUCAUUGAACGCUCAAUCCCUGUUUCAGAUUUUGAACCUCAAAUAACGGUGCAACAGUUUGAACCUCAAUCAACAAUCACUAUGAAACAAAUGCAAAGAGAUUUAAGAAAUCUAAAACAAACUGUUCAAAGAAAAAAUAACCAAGUUCGAAAAUUGUCACUAAUUGUUAAACGUCACAAGAAACUUUUACAGGAUGUUCACUCACAAGUUGCGGAACUGGGUGGCGCUGAACCAACAGCCUCUGAAAUUUCAGAAAACGCAAAAAUAAACCUGAAGUCUGAAUUACCGCAUUGUUCGCAUAAUGUCGCGAAACGAAAACUCGAAAACGCAGAGACCGCAAAUGUACCUUUAAGUAAAUGCGCAAAAUUUUGAUUUUUUUUAUAUUUUUUGCACGCUGUUUUAUUGUGUUACUUUCCUAUACACAAUUCCCUUUUUUAUUUCACGUUAUUAAUUCUUCUGCAGUUAUUUUACUCGCGUCUGCUUAUUUUUGCAGAAAAUUUAUUUUUAGAUGAUUUUUUGUUUCAUUUACAAUUUUUUCUUCUAUGCUGAACAAAUUGCUUCAAUAUGUCAAAAACACGCAAAUAUAAACUUUUAAUCUAAAA